CGCUUGGAUCCUUUUAAAGCAGUAUUUUAAAGAUCUUUGCAGUGGCUGCAUAAGCUAAUAACACGGCUACUUGCUGGAUAAUGAAUCAAAGACUGAUACUGAUAAAUGGAGCCAAUUUUAGAGAACGGCAAUAGCAACAACGACUGGAUGUCCACUUUGCCUGAACAACUAUGGGACAUUCCAUUAACCAACUUAGCUAUACCGGGUAGUCACGAUGCGAUGAGCUAUUGCCUAGAUAUCGCUUCUCCACUGGUCCGAUCAGAAUCGGAUACUUUUAGGCUUGUGGAUAGAGCUUUUUACUGUUUUACUCGUCCAGUCAUUUACAAAUGGGCCACUACUCAGAUAAAAAGCAUUUUGGAUCAGCUGCAAUCAGGUGUUCGAUACUUCGACCUUAGAAUUGCUCACAAACAAGGUGACACUUCAAAUGACCUUUACUUCACUCAUGUUAUCUACACCCAGCUCACUGUUGUGGAAACUCUGCAAAUGGUUGCUACUUGGCUCACAGCACACCCAAAGGAGAUUGUCAUCCUGGCCUGUAGUCACUUUGAGGGCUUGAGCAAAAUACUUCACGAGGAAUUUAUUUAUUCACUAAAAAAAACCUUUGGCUCUAAAUUGUGCCCUCACAAUGCUGAUAUGACCUUGCGUGGCCUGUGGUUUUCAGGCUAUCAGGUGGUACUGUCCUAUGAAGACCAGGCUGCUGAAGCCCAUGAAGAGCUAUGGCAUGAAAUCCCUUACUGGUGGGCAAACGAAGCUAAUGCUGACCAACUCCUCCAGUAUCUCAACUGGAAGAAAGAAGCUGGUCGUCCAGAUGGCUUCUUUGUAGCAGGCCUGAACUUAACAGCAGACCGAUGUUUUAUGACAUCCCACCCGCACCUGUCCCUGAAGUCCAUGACUCUGGAAAACUGGACGUGUGUGAAGAGAUGGCUGGAGGAUCAGAAACCUGGAGCUGACCCCAUGAAUAUCAACAUCAUUGCAGGAGACUUUGUGGGGCUUGUCCCAUUUUGCUCACUUGUAAUUAGUCUUAACAAACAACUGCUCCAACAAAAAGGUCACUAAUGGCAGUUGUUUGAAGAUUUUAUCUGGGUUUCAUUUAAGUCAUAGGGGAAUCAAGUUUGUUGUCCAGGUGGAUAUUAAACUGUCACUGUAAUUUCUCUUUUAUUAAGAAAAAAAAAAAAUCACUUGACAUGAGUCAUUCUGUAAGAUUGGACUUGAAACCUCCUAGAUGAAACUAAUUUUUACAUUUUCUUGCUGUGAAACAGCUAUGGAACCAUGAAAAAGGAAGUUUCAUAUAUAGCUUU